GGAGGAGGUGGAGAGAGAAGGAGAAAAAUAUAUGGUUUAUUUACAACAGCAUGGAAAAAUGGGGAGGAUUUAGUGUGAUUUUAUUUUUGCACGUUGGUGACAGAUAGAAAAUGCUUUAUUUAAUAAUAGGGGAAAAAGGCGUGACGUAAGGUGUUUUCUGGCUUUGGAAAUGUAUGACGUCAUAUGCAAUAGAGUCCUAUAGAAAAAUGGUGUCUUUUUACACGGGCAGUAGAGUGACUGAAAGUUAUUUGGAUUCACAAAAUCCUGGGUGAUGCAUUGAUGAUUUAGAGUAAUGGUCUCUCAAAAAUGGAUGUAGAGAAAGAGUCUGGACGAAGAUUGCGCACAUUUUGUAGAAGGCGGUAUGACAAUGAGGACCUCUCAGACGAUGACAUAGCCAGCAUGAGGACUUUUGAUGUGGAGGAAAAGCUUAGUAGUGACUCAUACAAUUCAAGUUACGUGCACUUUAUGAAAGGAAAAGAUUUUACCCUUGAAUAUGUGCAGAGAGAGACUAUCAAGGUCCCCAUUAUCUUCAGGGACAAAGAUGGUCUAGGAAUCAAAAUCCCAGAAACCGAUUUCAGUAUUAGGGAUGUAAAACUCUUCGUUGGGAGUCGUCGUAUCGUCGAUGUCAUGGAUGUGAAUACACAGAAGGGGAUUGAAAUGAGCAUGUCACAGUGGGUCAAAUACUACGAAACACCAGAGGUUGAAAGGGAGAAGCUCUACAAUGUCAUCAGCCUGGAAUUCAGUCACACAAAACUUGAGAACCUGGUCAAACGGCCUGAUGUGGUGGACUUGGUAGACUGGGUGGAUAAUAUGUGGCCACGGCACUUAAAAGAAAAGCAGCUGGACUCCACAAAUGCAAUUGCAGAAAUGAAAUAUCCCAAAGUUCAGAAGUACUGCUUAAUGAGCGUCAAAGGUUGCUACACCGAUUUUCACAUUGAUUUUGGUGGCACUUCAGUCUGGUACCACAUUCUUCGAGGAGGGAAGGUGUUCUGGUUAGUCCCACCCACAUCGCACAAUCUGGAGAUUUAUGAAGAGUGGGUUCUUUCAGGAAAGCAAGGUGAUAUUUUCCUUGGGGACAGAGUGGAUGGAUGUCAGCGAAUUGAGUUAAAACAAGGAUAUACCUUUCUGAUCCCUUCAGGAUGGAUCCAUGCAGUGUACACACCUGUAGACACAUUGGUUUUUGGUGGAAAUUUCCUGCACAGCUUUAAUAUUCCCAUGCAGCUUUAUAUUUAUGGGAUUGAGGAUCGAACUCGGGUUAAUGCCAAGUUCCGUUAUCCUUUCUACUAUGAAAUGUGCUGGUAUGUUCUGGAAAGAUAUGUGUUCUGUUUGACAAAACGGUCUCAUCUCACCAAACAGUACCAGAGGGAAUCAAUGUUAAUUGAUACAGAGAAGAAACCAAAUACCGAGAGCCCUUCAUCAGAUUCCCGACUCGACAUGGAUGAAGAAUCUUCUGAUAUACAUGUCAAGGAGGAGAAAGAUGAGACAAAAGAUAAAAUGAGCACACAAAACGCAAAAGGAUUAGGUGAUGAUUUGCCUUCUCCAGAUAGUGCACAUUCAGAAGGAAAUGAAAGCACUGGAAAGACACAGAAAUUGACGAGGCAUUUAAAGAGGACUUUAUCCAAUGAUUCAAAUGAUAGUACAAAGUCACCAAUGCUAACAGACUGUCCAAAGACCCCAAGUGGAUCUCCUGACCCUUCUCAGCCAGUAUCUGAGGGGUCGAACAAAUGGAUUCACCUUACAGAGUUCGAACUGAAAGGGUUAAAGGCACUUGUGGAAAAACUAGAAUCCUUACCAGAGAAUAAGAAAUGUGUCCCUGAAGGAAUUGAAGAUCCUUAUGCCCUUCUGGAAGAUAUGAAGACUGUACUGGAGGAACAUGCUGAAGAUGAUCAGAAAUUGGCUAUCACUGGGGUCCCCAUUGUAACAUGGCCAAAAAAGACAGUGAAGCACCGGACAGUAGGACGACCAAAAGGAAAGCUUGGAACCUCUGCCGCGGUGAAGCUUGCGGCUAACAGAGCCACCGCUGGAGCACGCAGAAGGAGAACAAGAUGUCGGAAGUGCGAGGCAUGUCUCAGGACCGAAUGUGGAGAAUGCCAUUUCUGCAAGGAUAUGAAGAAAUUUGGAGGACCAGGGAGAAUGAAGCAGUCCUGUAUCCUGAGACAAUGCAUUGCACCGGUCCUGCCACACACAGCUGUCUGUCUCAUCUGUGGAGAAGCAGGAAAAGAGGACACUGUGGAAGAAGAGGAGGCAAAAUUCAAUUUCAUGCUGAUGGAAUGCUCAAUUUGUAAUGAAAUUGUGCAUCCUGGCUGCUUAAAGUUACAGGAUGGAGAUGGAGUUGUCAAUGAAGAGCUGCCAAACUGCUGGGAAUGUCCUAAGUGCAACCAUGAGGGUAAAACAGGGAAAGUCUAUAAGCAGAAAAGAGGGCCAGGAUUUAAGUAUGCCUCCAACCUCCCAGGUUCGCUAUUAAAAGAACAGAGGCCGAACAAAGAACACAAAGACAACAUGGAAACUGUCAAGAAAAAGGGUGACCGAGAGGAAAAUUCCAAACGGAAAUCGGAGGAACAUUCCAAGAAACGAUGUGAUGACUCUUUUCCCAAGAGGAAAUCUGAAGAUGGACUUAUCAUGCGGAAGCGACGAAUUGUUGAUAAAACAUCAGACCCAGUUAUCAGAAAAAAGUUUAAGAUUGGAAGGGAAGAAAAGCUCUUGAGGAGAAAGAAAAGAUCCUUGCAUCCAAAUGAAGAUCGUCAAACGCCUGUGAAAUUACUGCGAAAUAUCAAGCAAGAACCAGAGGACGAACCACCCGAGACUCCUCAGAAGACAAAGGAAAGUGACCAGUCCAGGUCGAGCUCUCCAAGAGCUGGUCCGAGCACUGAAAGUGCAGAAUCCAAGGAGAAGAAGAGCGAGAGAUUUAAAGAGAAACGUAAAAAACGAUUGCACAACAAAGAACUUAGUAAAGAAUUGAGCAAAGAACUCAAUCAGGAAAUUCAUAAGACUGAGAGCUGCUUAGCAAAUGAGAAUCACCAACCGAUUAAAACGGAAGGAGACGGUGAAAAAGUAGAAAAGCCGAAACGACUUCUGGCAAGCUGCGACCGGCUGCACAAGUUGAACGGAACUCCGAGGUUUAGACACCAGCUUACGACGAGUUUGAGGCGGGCUCCCAGGGUUAUUACCAGGCCACCCCCUUCAGUGUCACCAACGAAAUCCAUUCAAAUGGAGCGACAUGUGGUACGCCCUCCACCCGUCAGCCCUCCCCCAGACUCACUGCCCCUCGAUGACGGCGAAGACCAUGUGAUGCAAAGGGAGGUGUGGAUGGCUGUGUUCGGCUAUCUCAGUCGCAAGGAUUUGUGCGUUUGCAUGAGAGUCUGCAAAACCUGGAACAGAUGGUGUUGUGACAAGAGGCUGUGGACCAAGAUUGACUUGGGCCGAUGUAAGUCGAUCACACCGCUGAUGCUGAGUGGAAUAAUUCGAAGGCAACCUGUAACACUUGACCUGAGCUGGACAAAUAUAUCAAAGAAACAGCUAACUUGGCUAAUCAACAGGCUGCCAGGUCUUAAGGACUUGAUUGUUUCCGGCUGUUCCUGGGCAGCAAUAUCGGCACUUUGUAGUUCCAGUUGCCCCUUGCUCAGAACCAUUGAUCUCAGAUGGGUGGAAGGAUUAAAAGACGCUCAAAUGAGAGAUAUGCUGUCACCUCCAACUGACAACAGACCAGGCCAGAUUGACAAUCGCAGCAAAUUACGUAAUGUGACAGAUCUUCACUUGGCUGGCCUGGAUAUCACAGAUGCAACACUCCGGCUUAUUAUUAGGCACAUGCCGAUGCUUUCUAGACUAGAUCUUAGUUACUGUAACCAUCUGACAGACCAGUCAAUUAAUCUUUUAACAGCAGUUGGUACAACAACAAGAGACUCACUAACAGAAAUCAAUCUAUCAGUUUGCAAUAAAGUCACUGACCAGUGCCUAAUCUAUUUCAAACGCUGUGGCAACAUCUGCCGAAUAGAUCUCCGUUACUGCAAGCAGGUAACAAAAGAAGGUUGCGAACAAUUCAUAGCAGAGAUGUCUGUUAGCGUUCAGUUCAAUUUGUCAGAGGAGAAACUGUUACAGAAACUUAGUUAACUUAACAAAGAGAGAAACUGGACACAAACGAUAAGGACAUUUAAUUUCAUCAGAUUUAAUUAUGAACAGCUUCUUGUUAUUGCCACCAGACAAGUGGACAAGGAUGAACUCUGCAAAGGACAGAAAUUUAAGGGUAGCAACAAAAGCUACUUACCCGAACAAAAAUGUUUCUACAUGUGAAAAUCAUUCAAAUUUGAAUUUAUUUCAUAAGUUUUAAUAAUGUAUAAGAGAUACUGAUGCACAAGUGUUUUUACUUGGUACGUAUAAACAUGUGGGGAGAAGAAUAUUGAUUUUAUGCACGUUUUACAACUAAAGCAUGUGCAUUGUAAAUUUUCAUUUCUGUUCUUUUUAAAAUGCCAUCUUUAAAAAAGAGGUAUCUUAUAGAUGCAUCUGACCACACAUUGGGAUCACUUUGACCAUGUUAUAAAUAUUUUUGUUUUGUUACACUCCACACAUCAUACAUUAUGCAGAAAUAUUUUUGUACAGAAAUUACUUUAUUGAGAGUAAUGUGGAAAUUUCAAUGGUAACAUUAUUACUUAUAUACAAUUGAAAUGCAAUUUAUUUCAGAUUUCCCUGUUUGUUACUUGUGGUUUAAUCUCUGUAUAGUUCCACAUGUUUCACGUGGAAUGAUUUGUGACAUUUGUAUGUGCCAUCAUUGCAUGCCUUUAAGGCAAUCAGCUGUAAAAUAAUGAGAUGUUGGUUUUCCACCAAAUGUUGUUGCCAUUUUAUCAUUACUGAAUUUGUAUAAAACUUUUGUCUUCAAUACUGAACUAUUGGUAAAUUCAUGGAGCAGCAUUUUAAAUGCUGUGUAGUACUUAAGCUGUUAACAAUUUUCUCCAAAAGCAAGUAGGGAUUUUCUCAGUUGUUUCCAUCCAUGUUGCAAGUCGGUAAACAUGGAAAGGAGUUGGAAAUGAAAGUUUGUGUAUUAAGUAUUUCCAUGCAGUCCAUAUAAAAGCAGUGUGGCCACUUAAAUCUGAAAUAUUUUUGCCUAUGGAUCAGAUUGAUCAGCACAAAAAUACUAUAGAACAGGACCAGGUUUUACAGGGAAAUUAUAGGACAUAAAAUCUUAAUUGGAAAUCGCAGGAUAAUUGGCCCUCUCUCUUUAAAAAAUCUUUUGAGGCUCUUUGCAAUUUAUGCUUCAGUUAUAAGGGGUUGAGGUUUGCAAUUGAUUGCAAUAUCAGGAACGUUGGGGCUUCAUCCAUGUUGAGAGGAAUUGUGGGUAGCAAUACAAUGAGGACCAUGGGCAUAAUUUGAUCUUUGCUGUUUUUCCCCACAUUCAGUGUUAAACAGCAGUGUGUGAAUUCCCUAAUCAAAAAUGAAUUCUAUUGGUAAAAUGCUGUAGUCUGUUAACACAAAAUUGUCAGUUAGAGUGGCAAUUGUUCUGAAACCAACAUCAUUUAUCUGUUGUAUUCAGGGACAAUAGUAAAGGUCUGGUGGUAUUGAUAUUGCCACUACUUUAACUGCAACUUUAGGAGCUAGAUUUAACUCAUUUAAAGGAAGUGAUCCAUACGUGCUUUGUGAUCAGUAUGGCCUUUGUGCUUCCAAUGUGUGUCAAUAUUGCCACCUACUGCACUCUUCAUAGUGUUUGUGUAUAAAUGGCAAAAAUGUUCAAAAUUAGGCAGACUAUUUCUAGUGAAGGCCAAAGCAGGAUUCAACUGACUCUUGUGACAAUUGGAAGGUGAUGGAUAUCUUUUGGCAGAUAUUAAAUUGUCAUAAAAUAAUGCUUUCCCUUUGAAAUGUUCUGUUACAAUGUCUCAGAACUGCUAGUCCAUCAGAGUGAAUAGUCGUGUUUUACAAUGAUGACUGAACAUAACAGGGAUACUCGCCAUUCUUAGAAUCAUGUAGGCCUACAUGCUGCCAACACUUCUGUGCGCACAAGACACUCGGCCAUUGAUGUCAACCGAGCACUUGUUUGACAUUGGUGCACAAAAUUCUGUUGUUGGAACAGUGAUGCAGGUUUUAAGCAGCAAAUUUAGUCUGCUUUGGUGGUAGUUGAAAGGAUCCACUUGACUGGGCUGCUGCCUGACAAUCUAAGGCAUUAAUCUUCCUCAAGAUCAAUGCUGCCUUUCAACCACCAAAGUUAUUGCAGCCUACCUUCAACUUACUGCUACUGUCCUCAACUAUUUCAUUCCCCUCAAUCGCUUUCCUUAGAAUCUCUGAAGUUUAAGCCAUGCGUGCAGUGAAAUAUCAGAUCCUUUACUUCUGGAGCAUUCCUCUUCAACCGUAUAAGCAAAGUUGAUGCAGCCCUAACUGUUGUAAGAGCUAUGGGACAUAUUUUAUUGGAACAUAGAAUAAAACUCCUGCUUGCAUUAAUUAUUUUCUCUGGUGCCAAAAUUCCCAAUAGCUUGAGCCUUUUCUCUGCCUAACUGUAGGAGAGAGCUGAUGGCAAAGACCAUGAUUGGGAUACUUUAUGCCUGGAAUACACUGAACCAGUCAACAUCUAGAAAAAAGUGCACUCAUUCCAGGCAGAUUUUGAUAUUUUAAGUUAUAAUAGUGAUUGCAUAAGUAAUCACUGCUUACAGGAAUAACAAUGUAAUUUACAUGCAGAUUUUUUAUACAUAUAAUGUAAAUAAAAGCUUAUUAAAUACA